AUGCUACUAAGGUACCAUCGGCUGCGUCCCAAGACGGACAGGAACGGUUAUGUGUCGGCGAAUGCCAUCUGUCGCACGGUCAGAAUGUGCUGUCGUCGCGACGUCGCCGAGUCAGCGAGGAUCUCUCCGAGUCUCGCGAUCCUUUCGCUCGUCGUAGCCAUUUUCUGGCUGCUCGGAGUCUACAGGCAGAAGAUAGGCUAUGGACCUCCCGCAUGGCCAAUUCUCGGCACCCUGCCUGAAAUGUUACUGGCGUUUCCGUAUCUCUACGACUGGGCGACAGCAUAUCUCGAGGCUAGUCCCACGAUGACCUACAUCUCGCUAGCGCCUGGCCUCAACGAAGUCGUCACCGCCAACCCUAAGAACCUCGAGCACAUUCUCAAGACCAAUUUCGCCAACUAUCCCAAGGGUCCGAACUUUCAGACCAACUUCGAGGACCUUCUCGGCCACGGCAUAUUCAACAGCGACGAUGACGUGUGGAGGCAGCAGCGCAAGACGGCCAGCCUCGAGUUCUCCCAGCGGUCACUGCGAGACCUCAUGAUGGUGUCCAUCCAAGAAGAGCUCCUCCAACGCUUCAUCCCUACCCUGGAAGAGGCCUCUAUGGCAAGAACGCCAGUGGACCUUCAGGACAUUCUGCUGCGGUACACCUUUGAUAACAUCUGCAGGAUUGGGUUUGGUGUUGACCCAGGCUGUCUUGAGCCAGGUCUUCCUGAAGUCCCAUUUGCACGAGCAUUUGACGAGGCUACAAAGGCAACACUUUUCAGGAACUUGAUUCCUGAGUUUGUUUGGAAGGCGUUCAGGUCUCUCCGUUUGUUCCAAGAAGGCACGCUUCAUGCUGCUGUUAAGGAAAUAGAUUCUUUCGCAGAGGAUGUGAUCAGAAAGCGGCGCAUCGAGCUGACGAGCGAGAAGAAACUGCAAGCAUCGGAUGGCACAAUAACUGACCAUUCCGACAUUCUUUCCAGAAUGAUGCUUCUUGAGAAGGACGAUGGUGGUCAGCUGUACUCUGAAAGGUUCCUCCGGGAUGUUUGCACGAAUUUCAUCCUUGCUGGAAGGGAUACUUCGUCCGUCCUCAUGACCUGGCUCUUCUGGCUGCUGACGUGGCACCCCACUGUGGAAGAGAAGAUACUGGCGGAAGUGCAAUCAAUUGUUGCUGCACGAGAAGGUGACAAGAGCUUUGGUGCAUUCACCUAUGAAGAGCUGAAGCAGAUGAAGUAUGUGCAUGCAGCAAUUGCUGAGUCACUUCGGCUCUAUCCAUCUGUCCCAGCGGAUUUCAAGCAUGUUGUGAAGGAUGAUGUGCUUCCUGAUGGGACGCACGUGAAGAGUGGUUGGCGAGUGCAAUACGAGCUCUAUGCAAUGGGUCGCAUGACUCGCAUCUGGGGACCUGAUGCGAGAGAUUUCAAGCCAGAGCGGUGGUUUGAUAGCAAUGGUGAGCUGAUCAACGAAUCACCUUUCAAAUUCCCGGCUUUCAAUGCUGGGCCGCGCCUCUGCCUUGGGAGAGAUCUCGCCUAUCUUCAGAUGAAGUCGAUUGUCGCUAGCACAGUUCGUCAUUUCCGGCUUGCGCUUGUGCCUGGUCAUAAGGUUGAGUACAGCAUGUCGCUUACUCUCUCCAUGACACAUGGGCUGAAGGUCUUUGUAACUUCCAGGUGA